AUGAAUUUCCCGUAUAUUUUAUAUAGUAGUUCAUUGUACAUAAAUAGUAAAAUAAGAGAAAACACAUUUAAAGAGAUGUGCAUGCCAGAAGAGUUAGAUAAUCUGUACCAUCGAGAUUUUUCCACGGAAAUCUUUGAAUGGAGGGUGAAAAUGAGAAUCCUUAGAUAUUUAAGCAAUGCAAGAGAAGAAUAUAGUUAUGCUAAAAUGUUUAUUGAGAUAAAAAGUAAGUCUUUAAAAGGACACAUAUUUACUUUAUUUAGUGACCACACAUCAGUUUCUGGCGAAAGACUGGAUGUGGGUUUAAUCAGAUUUGAAAGAACCUGUGAAGAAAAUUUAAAUGCAUACCUGGCAUCCAUUGAAAGAGGAAUGGUGCCUGGUAAGGGGUUGUCUUUAACGCCAGUAUUUACAACACCCCUUGAUCGUACAAAGUUUCAUGCUAUUGAAAAAAAGACCAAACAACAGAUAACGAGCAUUAUAGAGGAAGGCAUCAGUGACAUUCACAAACAUGGCAACACUGACGAGGCGUUUGUUUUAGAGACUCAGUGGCAAAAAAAUAAGAGGUAA